AUGGCCAUGCCGCAGUCACCGCCCCAUGAAGGCUACGGCAACAUUCCUUAUCCUAAUGAUCCAACGCAAUUAAGUCGCGGUUACGGCAUGUCUACAGAUUCUCGGCCGACUUCUUAUAUCGCAAAUUCGAUUGUACCCUCUGAUUUCGCAGUCGCGCAACCAACUUUGGGAACAAAUCCAUCGCAGACAGCCUACCCGUCACGAUUCAACGAAGAGAUCGACAUGUCCCAGCGAGGCAGUCCCAUAAUGAUGGAUGGUGCAAAUGGAGGAACUGGUUUGCAAAGAAGCGAAUCGCAAAUGUCACAUAAUAGCAUUGCGCCAUCAAGAAGCGGCACAUUGAAGAAGAAGGCGUCGCUGAGUCGGAAAGGGAGUUUGAAACGAAGCGGUAGCAGGCGCAGUCUUCGUGCUGGCAGUGUAAGGAGCCUCAACCUCGGCGAAAGAGAGAAGUAUGGUAGCGACGAUCCCAAUAGCGCUUUCUACGUGCCAAUUCCGACGAGCGGUAGCCCAACAGAAGAGCUCGCAAAUCGCUUUCAAGCUUGGCGGAAGGUACUCAAGGAUCUCAUUGUCUUUUUCAAGGAUAUCCAGAAAUCAUACGAAACGAGAGCAAAGCUUCUACUUUCGGCGGGUAAUAUCAUGAACAACACAACCCUUCCAUCAACUUUCCUCGACUCCGGCGGCCUAGGGGAUGCGACAGAAAUUCUACGUGAUUACCACAAGCAAGGUCUUAUUGAAGCCAACAAGGCUAAAGAAGUCGAAAGCGAAGUGAUCCUCCAAUUGACUGGCCUUAGAAGCGACCUACAACAGAAGACCAAGGAAAUUAAAGGUUUGUCUGGAGACUUCAAAAACAGCGUGGACAAAGAAGUCGACAAUACGCGAAAGGCUGUCAGAAACCUACAGGAAAGCCUAGGUCUCGUUGAUGUUGACCCCUCGGCUACGUCAGGCAGACAUGAUCCCUUCAUUCUUCGACUGCAAGUGGACAAGCAAGUCGACAAACAGAUUGAGGAGGAGAACUACCUUCACAGAGCAUAUUUGAAUCUGGAAAAUUCCGGUCGUGAACUGGAGGCAAUCGUAGUUGGAGAGAUACAGAAGGCUUAUAAUGCCUAUGCUAGUAUCUUGAAGCGCGAGGCGGACGUCGCCUUGGAUGCUGUAGAGAAGCUUCGAGCCGGUCCCAUCUCCAUGCCCAAAGAUCACGAAUGGAACAACUUCAUUGCAGAAAGUGAACAACUUGUUGAUCCUAGAAUACCUGUUCGCAGCUUUGAUAACAUCAGUUAUCCUGGUAGGGAUCAUCCAGCUGCCGCUGAGAUCCGGUCAGGUAUGCUUGAGCGCAAGAGCAAAUACUUGAAGAGUUAUACCCCUGGAUGGUAUGUCUUAUCACCAACACAUCUACACGAGUUCAAAUCGGCCGAUCGAGUAGCUUUCCAAACACCGGUCAUGUCUCUCUACCUUCCGGAACAAAAACUAGGAUCGCACUCGCAGCCAGACUCUUCGUCCCAUAAAUUCAUGCUCAAAGGAAGACAGACAGGCGCCAUGCAUCGUGGUCAUGCCUGGGUCUUCCGGGCCGAGUCUCAUGAUACAAUGAUGGCAUGGUUUGAUGAUAUCGCGUCUCUAAGUGAGAAAACCGGCGAGGCUCGAAAUGCAUUUGUCAGGAACCACGUUCGAAGCCUAAGUGGUAAUAGUGUUCGGCCGAGUUCCAUCAGUAGCGACGGAGUCAUGGAUGAAGACGAAGCCGAUCGGACUCCCUAUUCGAGCCAGUCCGCUGUCCUUCGAAGAGCCUCUUCCGUAAAAGCAGAGACUCCAGCACAGCGCCCUUCACCAGGUGGGCGAUUCCCAAGUGAUGUACAGAUCGAUCGUCACUUACAGGCAACUAUGUCAACUUCUAGUGGAGAAAGCACUGGUGUCCGAGAAGCUUUAGCCGAUGCCGUGGCCCUCCCGGGAUCUGGCAUUCUAUACGAAACGAGUCAACAACAACCCCAGGAAAUGACCUACUCGUCCCUACCUAUAGAUGGCCAGCUGGCUUAUCGACCAGCAGACGUGAACCAUGAAACUCACGGAACGUGGUCAGGAAGCGCCAAUCAAAAUCCCGGCUAUGUCCAGGAUCACAAUUUUGGUCAACAAGAGCAAGUUUAUCGUCAACAUCCUGUCACGUCCCCUUCACAGGCUCCUAUUGUUGUCGCAAGUGAGAUCACAGACAGACGCGAUGUAAACUCAACUCAAACUCCGGCAAACGGUGCAAUCUAUGCUGUUGAAGCUGAAAAUGCUUCGUCGCUUAAUAGACAGGAGUCCCAACGAUCCCGACAGACUCACUCUACAUAUUCACUGAUGGCUUCGACCCCAGCAUCUGAAGCAACUUCUCCACUAUUUGACAACGCCAAUGGCUUAGUAUCAAAACGUCCCAAUCCGCAGUCAAAGGAGAGUGCCUCAACAAUUGACAUGCUCAAAAUGCCAGGAAGAUAUCCUCGCCAAAUGACAGGCUAA